AUGUUGCUCCUCAGUUUUCUUGUGCUGGUGGCUACCAAGGCUGCCCUCGGAUUUGAUGAUAAGAUCGUUGGCGGCUACGAGUGCAGGCCUCACUCCGUCCCCUGGCAGGUGUCACUCAACAACGGCUGGCACUACUGCGGAGGAACCCUGAUCAAUAACCGCUGGGUCGUCAGUGCUGCACAUUGCUUCAAAGGUGAGGACAUCGAGCUGCGUCUGGGUGAGCACCAUAUCGGCUACAAGGAUGGCCCUGAGCAGUUCAUUGCUCCGGCUGUCAUCAUCCGCCACCCAGACUACGACCGUUACACCAUCAACAAUGACAUCAUGCUGAUUAAACUUGCCGAGCCAGCAAAGUUUGAUGAUUACAUCCAGCCCAUCGCUCUGCCUAGCAGCUGUGCCCCUGCAGGAACCCAGUGCCUGGUCUCUGGCUGGGGAGCCACCCAGAGUCCCUUCGGUUGUACGAAAUGCCUGCACUGCCUGGAUCUGCCCAUCCUGCCCCAGGAGGACUGUGAGCGCUCCUACCCCGACAGGAUAACCUCCUCCAUGUUCUGCGCUGGCUUCCUUGAGGGAGGAAAGGACUCCUGCCAGGGAGAUUCUGGGGGCCCUCUGGUGUGUAAUGGGGAGCUCCAGGGUGUGGUGUCCUGGGGUUGGGGCUGUGCUGAGGAAAACCGCCCUGGGGUUUACGCCAAGGUCUGCCAGUUUACUGACUGGAUCCACUCCGCUAUGGCCUCUCACUGA